AGUGCAAGUCAGGGGGUGGAGCAGACACCCUGGGCUUGCAGGAGCUGCCCAGGACAGGGGGCAGAGGUAAUUCUGGAAGGCGAGUCCACAGAUGGGGGUGUGUUUGGGCUGUUCUGGGCCUGGGGAAGGUAAGGGGCAGGAGUUGGUAGUUAGCUGGGCGGGGCAGUGAGGAACAAAGGUGAGCAGAAAGGAGGAGGCAGAAGCUGGGCAGAGGGCAGGGGAGAGCCUUUGGGGAAGGGACCUCAGUCCCAGCUCCCACCCCCUCCCUGGAGAGCAGGCGGCCAGACACCCAGGUCAGUGCUCAGGGACCAGCUCUUGGCCCCUAUCCGUUGCAGGUGCUUGCAUGUAGCUCCUCUCUGACCCCUUAGUCCCUCUGUGUCACAUCCGUUUUCUCUAGCUGUCUGCAUUCCUACUUCCUGCCUCUCCUCCCUGCUCUUCUUCUGUUAAGUUUCUCUCUGGGGUGAGAAACUCUUAUUCUCAAGUAUCUUCUUAUCCCAGCUGUUUGUCUUCUCCCAGUGUUUCUCUGGCUGUCAGACCUUCCCCUCUUUUGUUUGUGUGUAACCUGUUCACUACACCUGGAGGUGAUUCCAUAUGUGGUGUCUCAGUGGUUGCAUAUCUAUCUCUGCUUAGGUCUCCAUCAUCCAGUCCUCCUCCUGUGCCUUAAUUUUCUCCAAAGAAAAUUUACCACACUGUAUAUUUUACUCCUUUAUCUUGUUUUUCUGUUUUCUGAUUCGAAUAUAAACCCCAUGAAGGCAGGGAUUGUUGUCUGUUUUGUUCCCUGCUGUGUUUGCAGGGCCACUAGCAUUACAAUUGCACAUAGAGGGAAGUAAAUACUUAUUUGGAGAAUAAAUGAACAUUUAGAUUCCUGGGUCUCUGGGCCCUUCAGGAUGUUGGCCUUCCUGCCCAGCUCAUCUCUGCCCUGCAUCCUCAGGCUCUCCCCACACUUGUCUGGGCCUGUCUGUCUUUGGUGUUGCUGUCUCACCUGCCACCUCCCCCUCAUUGUCUCCUCUCCACAGGCCCUUCCCCUCCUACACUCACCAUGGGGGUCCUGAACUCUGACCCCUGCCCUCCUACCUUCCCACAGAGGCCGGACCAGGAGCUGACUGGGAGCUGGGGCCACAGGCCUAGGAGCACCCUGGACAAGGCUGAGGCCAUGGCCCCGCCACCACCGCCAUUGUCUGCCAUCACUCCGCUCCUACAUGGCGAGUUUGGCUCCUACCCAGCCCGUGGCCCACGCUUCGCCCUCACUCUCACAUCACAGGCCCUGCACAUACAGCGGCUGCGUCCAAAACCUGAAGCCCGGCCUCGUGGUGGCCUGGUCCCACUGGCUGAGGUCUCAGGCUGCUGCACCCUGCGAAGCCGCAGCCCCUCAGACUCAGCAGCCUACUUCUGCAUCUACACCUACCCUCGGGGCCGGCGUGGGGGCCGGCGCAGAGCCACCCGCACCUUCCAGGCAGAUGGGGCAGCCACUUAUGAAGAGAAUCGAGCUGAGGCCCAGCGCUGGGCCAUUGCCCUCACAUGUCUGCUCCGAGGACUGCCGCUGCCUGGGGAUGGGGAGAUCACUCCUGAGCUUCUGCCGAGGCCACCUCGAUUGCUCCUGCUGGUCAAUCCGGCUGGGGGGCGGGGCCUGGCCUGGCAGUGGUGUAGGAACCACGUGCUGCCCAUGAUUUCUGAAGCUGGACUAUCUUUCAACCUCAUACAGACAGAACGACAGAACCACGCCCGGGAGCUGGUCCAGGGACUGUGCCUGAGUGAGUGGGAUGGCAUUGUCACGGUCUCAGGAGAUGGGCUGCUCUAUGAGGUGCUGAACGGGCUCCUAGAUCGCCCCGACUGGGAAGAGGCUGUGAAGAUGCCUGUUGGUAUUCUCCCUUGUGGCUCAGGCAAUGCGCUGGCCGGAGCAGUGAACCAGCGUGGGGGGUUUGAGCCAGCCCUGGGUCUCGACUUGCUGCUCAAUUGCUCACUGCUGCUCUGCCGGGGUGGUGGCCACCCACUGGACCUGCUCUCCGUGACACUGGCCUCAGGCUCCCGCUGUUUCUCCUUCCUGUCUGUGGCCUGGGGCUUCGUAUCUGAUGUGGAUAUCCAAAGCGAGCGCUUCAGGGCCCUAGGUAGUGCCCGUUUCACACUGGGCACAGUGCUGGGCCUUGCCACCCUGCAUACCUACCGUGGACGCCUCUCCUAUCUCCCUGCCACUGGGGAGCCUGCCUCACCCACCUCCACCCAUGGCCUGCCCCGAGCCAAGUCAGAGCUGACCCUGGCCCCAGACUCAGCCCCACCUGUGGCCCACUCACCCCUGCAUCGCUCAGUUUCUGACCUGCCCCUGCCCCUGCCUCAGCCUGCCCUAGCUUCCCCUGACUCUCCUGAACCCCUGCCCAUCCUGUCCCUCAAUGGUGGGGGCCCAGAGCUAGCUGGGGACUGGGGUGGGGCUGGGGAUGCUCCACUGUCCCCAGAUCCUCUGCUGUCCUCACCCAAGGCAGCUCUACUCUCACCUAUUAACAAAGAUCCUCCAGAAACCCCCCCAUCUUCUGGCCUCCCGCCUCCCAACCCUGAUGCCCCAGUAGCAGUCUCUACCUGGGGCCCACCCGACCACUUGCUGCCUCCACUGGGCACUCCGCUGCCCCAAAACUGGGUGACCCUGGAAGGAGACUUUGUGCUCAUGCUGGCCAUAUCCCCUAGCCACCUGGGCGCAGACCUAGUAGCGGCUCCCCACGCACGUUUUGACGAUGGCCUGGUGCAUCUGUGUUGGGUGCGAAGUGGCAUCUCACGGGCCACAUUACUGCGCCUUUUCCUGGCCAUGGAGCGUGGUAGCCACUUCACCAUGGGCUGUCCGCAGCUGGGCUACGCUGCAGCCCGUGCCUUCCGCCUCGAGCCGCUCACCCCUCGCGGUGUGCUUACAGUGGACGGGGAGCAGGUGGAGUAUGGGCCACUGCAGGCGCAGAUGCAUCCUGGCCUCGGUACACUGCUCACUGGGCCUCCUGGUUGUCUUGAGCGGGAGCCCUGAACCUAAUCAAACUUGGGGCCCGCCAGAGGCGGGCCUACAUUCCAGGAGAGCAGAGCCUGCGCUGGGGGCUUAGGCCAGGCUGCCAAAUUUGGGAUAGUGGUUCCCUUGUGCAAGGGCUCUCGCCCUAUCUCAGGAUUGCACCCGCCCUCAGGUUACUGGAUGUGAUGCUGGAGGGUGGUCUGAAUUUCAUGGGUUGGUGUCAUCAAGGUUAGAUGUAAAUGGCCUCAUCCCAAGAGUAGUGCCUGACUAGGAGGGUGGGGCCUGGCGUUCAAAGAUUUGGCCGCCCUUAGUGGGUGGAGUUAAUUCAGACCCUAGCAACCAGAUGGAUAGAAGCCCGGGCGGCUGAGGGCGGAGCCUAUCUUACGUGUUGCCCAUUGACGGUGCCUGGAAUGUACGAGCCUAAGGGUAGGCCUUAGUUAACUGGCCAGUCAGGGCCCGGGUCUCGGCCUGUCCACUCCCGUGCCUCCACUUAACUGGCCGAUCAGCCCAGAAAGGGCAGGUUCCCUGGGGCCGGCGUUCGGAUUUGCACUAAUGUUCCUCCUCCGCGAGUGAGGGUUAGAAAAUUCACAUCCCCUGUUCUGUCUCACGUGCGUCCUCAAUUCCCAAUCUAAAAAGCAAUUGAAAAGGUCUAUGCAAUAAAGACAGUCGCUUCAUUCCUCCCA